AUGAACAACAACAAGCCGUUCACGUACCCGAUCAACACCGGCAUCUCCUACUCGUUCACCAACGACGGCUACUUUGAGGAAUCCCAGUACCGCUUCUUGGGAAAUGGUCAGUUUCAGAAUCGGCGUGGACUAGGACUUUGCGACGGGCUCGGCGCUUUGACCGCUGACACCCUCUCUUUACGCAUAGGCUCGAAACCUACCUGCUCGAAAGCCGUCGCGAUCUGGCAACACGGUCGUUACUACUUCCACGACAACGGAUCGGUGACGAUGGACCCGAGCAUCUUCUCCGCCGACGGACGCGUGCUCGUCCAGGACCCUUGCGCGGCCCAGACCGAAAUCCUGACCUACUACAACCAGCCUGAGCUGUUCAACGGGUGGAACAUCACGAUCGAUAAUCAUCACCAAGCUUAUAUGCUUCAGUUGGUUCGGUUCGAUGGGAGUUUUUUCCCGAGGUGCGUGGACGCAAAUCGGUGCGGGUGUUGGGCAAUUAGGGAGAGAACUCAUCCUUCGUUGAGCGUGUCCAAGCAGGUUGUACUUGACUGUUCGACCACCGACGAUGUUGCCGACUGCCGAUUUGACCGCUGCAACGUGAGUCGACGCACGCGAACAUAA